AUGCCGCCGAUACUGCUGAUGAAACGGACACUGGAUGACUUGGAAGACCUGGACGACUUUGACGACUUUGACGAGACUGAUGACGAGGAAGAGCUACUGGAACCUCACCCAAAGCGCCUACGAGACAAGAGUCCUCUGGCAGAAGAGCAAGACGAGAGGGAGGACGAGUCAAAAGAUCAAGACAACCAAACAGAGGAGAAAGAUGUGGCAGACAGAGUCGUCGAGCUUAUGAUGCCGCGGAUGGAAGCUCAGAUGCAGCAGCUGGUGAACAGCUCGGCCUUACGCAUGCUGGAUGUCCUUGGUCAGAAACUCGCUCGACUGGAGUCGUGCAUGGAUGAGAUGCACAACGAGUGGAAGAAAGGCUCUGGCAUAACCGACCUGAAGCGACAACCAGCAGUCCCGCAGUACCAAUUCGGAACCCGCCAUCAAUCCGCAGUCCAGCAAUACUUUGGACGCACACAAGCACCGCCUAUUACCGCUCUCAAUGCCUGGCGUUGGAAGGACAACAAGGAAGGCGUCUACUACAGCAUGCGCCGUGUCGUCAUCGACGAGAUACAAGCGCGCGUCGAAGCCCGGUGUCCUAAUGCUACAGGUGCGACCGGCGACGUCUGGAUUGCCGUAUGCGAGGAAAUGGACGCUGAAAGAUCAAAUCUACAAUUCACCCUCAAUCAAUACAUCUUUGAACUCAAGCGCCGAGAUAAACCGGUGCCUGUUCCUGGCACCAAGAAAUGGGACCCCGAAGAUCCGCACCCGCCUCCUGCUCCAGUAUUAUCGCGAUCAACACCUUCAGUACAAAAAUUAUGGACCGAGUGGUUCUCUGGAAAGAUGAAUCACAACGGCUAUGCCACUUUUCCAUCAAUCAUCCAGUUGAACCACAAAUUCGGAAACACAUGGCGUCAUUCACACACGCCAGAGUACAACAUAUACCUCAAACGUCGCUGCAUCAUUGAUAUCGCACUACGCCGCAUCGUCGAGAUUGGCGGAGACAGGACUGAAACAACCAAAAAGGUUCUAAAGAUGAUGGAUGCUGAGCGAUUAGCGCACAAUCUGAGUCUGGUGCAAUAUCAUGCCUGGGCACGAGAAAAAUACGGUCAUCAUGCUUCGACACGGACGCAUCUCCCCAAGUUUGUUGCCGACUUGGGAGAGGGACCCGAGGAGGCCAUCGAGCUCGAGGCAAGGACUAGAUCCCAACAGGACGAGGAAGAUGGCAUCGUCAGAGAUCAUAGCACGGACAUAGACAAAGCCAUCUUGGGUCACGAGCGGCAAAGCGAAAGUAGAAGUGGUCAAGGUCAAGAGAGCUCUGUACCACCCUCGCCAGCGUCACUUGGUUAG